AGACCUGGGUUACACAUCACAGAAGACAGCCAGAGAUGGAGAGCCCCAAACAGGAAAUUACUUAAAAGAAUCAACGCAAUAUGUACCUAUGCUUAUUGAGAAAGAACAAGACCAAUAGUACAAGUUGAACACAGAAGAAGACUUUUUGGACAUAACAACAUCACCAAGGAAAAGAGACAAACAGGUGAUGUCACCAGCCCAAGUGACAGGUCAGAUCUUUGAAAAGGCAACCCCGCUCACCACCACUUGCCACAGAUGACCAACACUGAACAACCUACAAUGACAUGAACUCCCUGUUGCCAUGAUGGAUACCUCUGAGGAGCAGCCAUCUUGAUUAGGGAUUCACUGAGAGACUUUGAGCCUGAGAUAAGAUGAACCAAAGCUGUGGGAGCAGUGAGGACUUUCGGACGUAUCAGCACUACCUGUACGCAGUAGUCUACAGUGUGAUCCUGGCGCCAGGGCUGCUGGGUAAUGUGCUGGCGCUCUGGGUGUUCAGAGUCUACGUCAAAGAGACUAAGAAGGCUGUGGUGUUUAUGAUGAACCUGGCUGUGGCCGACCUCCUGCAGGUGCUGUCUCUCCCAUUGCGGAUCUACUAUUACCUGAACAACAGCUGGCCCUUUGGACACCACCUCUGCAUGAUCUGCUUCUAUCUCAAAUACGUCAACAUGUACGCCUCCAUCUUCUUCCUGGUUUGUGUAAGCGUGCGGAGGUGUGAACUCAUCAUGCGCCCCCUACGGUAUAACGCGGCACGUCGCAAAUGGGACAUACUCAUUUGUGCUUUGGGAUGGUUCUUCGUUUGCAUGGCCUGCCUCCUCUUCCCCUUGCUCCGAAGCCCCUCCGCACAAGACAGUCAAAACUCUAUCAGCAAUGGACUUGACCAUUUUAAAGACAGCCAUAAAUUCAACAUUGUUUGUUUUGCGGAGCUUCCAAUGAGAAACCUUAGCCCACCUGGUGCUUGGGCACUGUUGAUCAUCGCAGAACUCAUUGGAUUUGUAAUACCUUUAGUUCUAGUGAUCUGUUGCACUUGUUUAACAGCUUGGAGUUUGCGACAUCCAGCAUCAGAAGCCAUCCCAGACCGUGGAGAGAAACGAAGAGCACUAAGAAUGGUCCUUAGUUGUGCAGGUGUAUUCUUGAUCUGUUUUGUCCCAUACCAUAUCACAAUGCCUUUAGACUUUUUGGUGAAAUCAAACUCUUUAAAAAACUGCGCGCUCAGAGAUUUUGUAUUACGUUGCCAUCCCAUUACUCUGUGCCUGGCCAGUCUGAACUGUGGCCUUGAUCCUCUUAUGUACUACUUCAUGACAGAUGAGUUUUGGAGGAGGUUAAGUAAACAUGAAAUCCCAGAUGGAUUGACUUUCAGUAGGAGAAUGUCAUGCAUAACAGGGGAAGACAUGCAAACAGGCGAUACUACAGAAACGAGCUGAUGAAGUAUAAUGAAUUAUAAUUGAAUAAGUUAUAUUUGGAUAAAACCACUAAGACUUGAGAUAACACUUUUCAGGCAGGACAUUGUGACCAGCUGCUCUAUAGGCUGCUAGCAUGGUGACCAAACCCCUCUUAUCUUUCUGAAAGCAAUCUGGAACUCACUUCCCCUAUUCAUGUCAAAGUACCUGAUUCUUUGAAUACUAAUGUGUAACUUUUCUCAUGGGGAGUCCGCCAUGACUGUGUUUUAACAAAGUCUCUAUGCUGAAGAAAACAGAGAUGUCAGAUGAGCAAAUAGAUCAUACUGGCCUUUGUGGUACACAAUGUGUGUUCCUCAAAUUCAGACCCAAGAUUUACACAAGAUCACAUUGGAUGGAUAUGAUCUAUAUGCUGUAUGUAGCAUGUCUAUGCAUGCUUACAGUCUGUGCUCUCUGCUUAGGCCAGGGGUGUCCAAACAUUUUUCUCAUUAAGGGCCUGUCGUAACGGUGGGUGUAGCGGACCAAAGAGUGCAGACUCGGGGAGGAAUAAGUUAGACUGAAUCACUAGACCUUUAUUCAAGCUUACAUCCUCAAUGGGCCACAUAAAUUAUUUGAGAUGGGCAGUAAAUAGAUUUUCAGAAAUGUACAGUAAAAAGUACUGUUUAAGGUAAUAUGGGCCAAUUCACCUGGAAGCUUGAGGGCCAAGAAAAAUUGGUGUGAGGGCCGCAUUUGGCCCCUGAGCCACAGUUUGGGCAUGCCUGGCUUAGGUCAUUCUCACUCGAUAGUAAUAGAUAAUUUAAACAGUAAAAAAUAAAAUAAAAAUAAUAAACAAACAAACAUACAAACUACUCCACCUCUGAUAUUUUGACAUAAUCUCCAUGGAGAUCGGCUUACAUGGAAAGGUUUAGUGUGGAACAUUCUAGGCAAAGAUAUAACACCAUCACCAUGACAACAAGCAGAUGGCAGACCUUCCACUAUAAAUCUUAGCUAGUGCACCUUUAAAUACUUGAUUGCAGCACUUAGUCUGUUGUUUGUGAAACUCAAAGCCAACCUUAUUUUUGAGACCAAAUGAUUUUAUUCUCAGUGGUCAUAAUGUUUUGUCUGACUGGUGUAUGUGAAAAUAAUAUGUGAAUAUAUUUAUUUUAUGCAUGUAUUUUGUUGUACUUUCUGCAUACUGAGCUUUAGACUUAGAACUGAGCCACUAUCUGCACCACUGACAUCAGUAAGUAAAACAGUAACUAUGUACAAAACUAUGCUUUUAAUAAGUCACUUUAUUUUACUUUUUUAUAAUAACCACCUACAAAAGGUUUUGAUUAAUACAUACAUUUUGUAUACAUGGCUUAAAAUACAAAAUGUGGUGACAUUUUGAAGAACUCUUUUGCUAAUUAUGAUCACGAGACAUUUAAAAGGUACAGUAUGCAACUUUCAGGGGGUGGCACGUCACCUGCAUGAGUCCAUGGAAAUAGAAAGUUAAAACCAUACUUUACUUUGAAACAUUGUUCUUAGAGAAAGAUACGUUUUAUGCCAUAUGAUGGAAGAUUACAGCCAUAGGAACAACAUUUCCCUGGAAACAAGCAGGAGUGCCUGCUCCAGACCAAAUAUGAGUCAGGUUUGUGGAUAGGCAUGUCUGCAACCAAAUAGCAAAAACAUGCUUUUAUUUUAGUCUAAUUUUUGACUAAAACGUUACAUACUGUGGCUUUAAUGCAGAAAACAUAUGUUACAGAUAAAUAACUUGCUUCUUAGGACUAUGAAUUUAAAACACAUCCUGUUUGGGUUUAAUGCAAAUUUAUUGCAUGUUUUUCCGCAACAUACAUCUUCAGAUAUUAAGGAUUAAGCAAAUAUUAGACCUAUUUUCUACAACAUAAACAUCACAUUCAAAUAAGAGAUUUAAAAAGGAAAAAUCUUUGCCCUUAUGUGCUUCAAUGGCUAUUUGUCAAGUGCUCUUUCACAAAUAAAGUUUUUACACAUUGAACACAAA